AUGCUUUCAACUUCUCGAAUUCGUUUGGUGGUUUUUAUGGUUGUUCUGAGUCACGUUGCAUACAACUCGUACAGUUACAGCUCCGGCAGUGAAAUUCGAUGUAACUGGAAUUGUUCUGUCCAUACUGCUGAUCUAACAGCACUCACGCGUGAAAUGAAAACCUCAAUGGCGACCAACGAAUUGAUCAAACUUGGUGUACGGUACGAGAAGACAGUGGACGACAAAUGCGCGAACGAGACGUCUGUUCACUCAAGCGAAUAUGCUUCUGAAUAUUGUCAAAUCUGCUUGGUAAACAAAAGACCCUCUCAAUCGACUACGGUUAUUAAACACUUGAUAAAUAAUGUAUUUUCUAAUGUAGAUCAAAGAGAAAUUCGCGCCAUUUGUAGCUUGAACCCAGCAAGAACAAGUGUUUCAAGCCCCACGAACUACAGCAGCCGUUCUUCCACCAUUUGUCAUCUCAUUAAUUUAGAAGCUGAAUUGGAUAGAAUCGGUUAUCAAGCGGUGGAAAAAGAUGAUCUUCGAUCAUGCAUUAAUGUUACCAUAUCAAACGGGACCAACAGCACUAAAGGAGCAUUGAAGUACAGGGCAUGGCCAAGUAGGGUUUUAAUUUGCUUUUCCCUUAUAUUCGUCGCAGUGUUCAUGUAUUACUCUCUAGCCUUCCUUUGUCUUUUCUACCCGACGGAGAUCUUGCAAAAUGGCGUUCCAUAUAUCAAUCUUGAAGGAGCAAGUCCCGUCAGUCUCCGAAGCUCAGUGGGAAAUUGCUUUUUCUCUAGAAGCGAAGGAGUCUGGCACAACAUAAAAACAUUCUUUUUGCGAGUUUUUAUUAUACCUCUUCCAUUUCUGUUUAGUGCAAUUUAUUUUAAAUACGAAAUUGAUGGCUUCUUAGAAAUGCCGUCAUUCUUGCAAAGAUUCGCUAUAGAGUCCAGUUUUUGUUAUUGAAUUCAGGCUUUUUACAUAUCGUUUUACUUGAAAAGGCCAAUGAAAGCAAAGCCUUGCUCCGUUUGUAAGUUGGUUAAACCAACAAUUCUUUCAUGUCAAGAUGAACUUCCUCGGCUUAUCAUCAAUCAUUUGCGCCUCCAGCCUUUGAUCUUUGUAGAAUGUUGGACGCUUUUUAAAAGGUGUUUGGUAAAUUAUGUAAAAACGUCCGCUUCGGUGAUUCACUCCCGCAGAGUUUCUAUCAUCUCAGCGCCAGUUCGUCUUGCCCUUUUCAUCAUUCUGUUUCUCUGUAUACCCGUUGUAAUAAUAGUGCUAGUGAUCGUAGUCUGUUUGUUAACUUUAAUAGGUAUUCUAUGGACCUCUCCUGUCGCAACCUUAUGCUCCGCUCAAUACUGGCCGAGCAAUACAAAAUCAAAAAGACGUAUUUUAUUGAUGAAGCUCUUACAUUGGACCCUCUCGUAUUUUCCCAUAAUGGGUGCCGCUAUACUUUUAUUAUUUUCAGGUUUCGGUACUCUACUUGCUGUUCUAAACGUUUUCGCGCUCUCUUUCUCAGAGAAACACCUUCCUUACGUGGCUUGUUCCGUUUUUGUUUUAUAUUACAUCUGGUCAAGCUAUAGCUAUUUUACGAAAACAUACCACGAGCUUGCCUUAGCUUUAUUUUAUUACAACAAGAAUUCAAGACAAAAUCAGGUCAAUUACGUUCCUCACAGCUCUAAUCAGCUGCAAAAUUUACCCAGUACUGCAGGCAAUGACCUUGAAAACAUAAUGGCAAUUCCAAAAAGGCUCUUCGGUAUGGCAUGUGAAGAACUUAUGCCUCUCAGAGAAGGUGUCUGCAUACUUAUUUUGAAGAUCACAGUGAUCGUGUCUUCUGUGUCGAUUGUGUUUUCUUUGACCAUGUUGUUCAGCUCUGAGACUACGCCUUUGAUGAAAACUUUGUUGACUUUCCUCACUUUAUCGUUUCCUAAGAUCGUCGCUAUUUACGUUGACGGAGGAUGGCAGGAAAAAUUGCGAGCAAUGGUUGUUGAAGAAAAAGUUCCAAAAAUUGUAGAAAAAUUCUUAAGUGAAACCUUUGAGACAAAUCGUGAACAGAGAGGCAGAAAUGAAAAGACCGACGAAGUAAUUUUAGUACAUGAAGACUACGUUGAGCUUGCACGCAUGUAG